UCUCUCCACUCCCCAUCUCUCCACAAGCAGAGCCGACUCCCUCCUCACCGCGCUGACCAAUCAGUGUCCGCGGAGAAGGAAAAAAACACAACCAAGCAGUGUGUUACGGGAGAGGAUUAAAACAAGUGUGCUUAAGAGCAAAGAACCACGACAGGGAUCUGAUCCAGGCUCCUGAAAGACACAACCCCACCACCUCCAUGUCCUGUCUCUCGUCAUUACCGAGUCAAAAGAGCCUGUCUCCUGUGAGCGUGCCACGUCUUUACUGAAAUCCCUUGACCCAGCACUACCUUUUCCCAUCCCUCGGAGCUCCUACAUCGCACUGCUUCGCUGGUUGGCAGCUCCUCUCGUCGUGAGCCAGGAUGAAUGAUGUUCUGGAGGCCAUCUCCCCUGCGACCAGCCUCAGCGGUCCAGUGACCUGCGUCUCCAAAGUAGAGCUGCGUGUGUCUUGCAAAGCCCUGCUGGACCGAGACACGCUGAAUAAGUCCGACCCAUGUGUCCUUCUCAUGGUGCAGACCAACGGACAGUGGACAGAGCUGGACAGGACAGAAGUGAUCAAGAGCAACUUGCAUCCAGUCUUUGCCAAGGUUUUCUCAUUGGACUACUACUUUGAGGAGGUUCAGAAGCUGCGAUUUGAAGUCUAUGACAUCCAUGGCACUCACAGCAUUGGGACCCGUGAUGAUGACUUUCUGGGUGGGGUGGAGUGCACUCUUGGCCAGAUUGUGGCCCAAAAGAAGAUGGUGAAGCCUUUGUUGCUGAAGUAUGGGAAAUAUGCCGGCAAAUCUAUCAUCACCGUUCACGCCGAGGAAAUUUCUGGCAACAAUGGGUACGUGGAGCUCUCGUUCUGUGCCAAGAAGCUUGAUGACAAGGAUCUCUUUAGCAAGUCAGACCCAUUUUUGGAAAUAUACCGAAUCAAUGACGAUGAAACCGAACAGCUUGUGCACAGAACUGAGGUGAUUAAAAACAACCUGAAUCCUGUGUGGGAGCCCUUCAAAGUGUCUCUCAUAUCUCUGUGCAGCUGUGAUGAGGAGCGGAAGCUCAAGUGCCUCGUGUGGGAUUAUGACUCCAGGGGGAAACAUGACUUCAUUGGCGAGUUCUACGCCACAUUCAGAGACAUGCAGAAGAUUUCCAGUGGAAAUAAGGUUACGUGGGAUUGUGUCAAUCCCAAGUACAAACAGAAGAAGAGAAACUAUAAAAAUUCAGGAGUUGUCAUCCUCACUGACCUCAAGCUCCACAGAGUGUACUCCUUCUUAGAUUACAUCAUGGGAGGAUGCCAGAUUCACUUUACGGUUGCCAUUGACUUCACAGCCUCCAAUGGAGACCCCAGGAACAGCUGCUCUUUGCACUACAUCAACCCUUACCAGCCCAACGAGUACCUGAAGGCCUUGAUAGCCGUGGGGGAGAUCUGCCAAGACUACGAUAGUGACAAAAGAUUUUCAGCUUUGGGGUUUGGUGCCAGAAUCCCUCCAAAUUAUGAGGUGUCCCAUGACUUUGCCAUUAAUUUCAACCCAGAGGAUGAUGAAUGUGAAGAGAUCCAAGGAGUGGUUGAGGCAUACCAGAACUGCCUUCCUAAGAUCCAAUUGUAUGGCCCAACCAAUGUUUCUCCCAUCAUUAACAGGAUAGCCAAGCUGGCAGCAGGCGACGGCAGCAUUAAAGAUGCUUCUCGGUACCACAUCCUGCUCAUCCUUACGGAUGGUGUAGUGACAGACAUGGCAGACACGCGUGAAGCUAUUGUGCGAGCUGCCUACCAGCCUCUCUCCAUAAUCAUUGUUGGUGUGGGCAAUGCAGACUUCACAGAUAUGCAGAUUUUAGAUGGAGAUGAUGGAGUUCUACGCUCACCGAAGGGCGAGUCAGUCCUGAGGGAUAUUGUUCAGUUCGUGCCCUUCAGAGACUUCAAAACGGCUUCACCUGCAGCCCUGGCCAAAUGUGUUCUGGCAGAGGUGCCCAAGCAAGUAGUGGAGUACUACAGCCACAAGGCCAUCUCCCCUAUGUGUCCUAUGAGGGACCUACUGACCCCCAUCCUCAGCCCUGUCGCCACCACCCCAACAGAAUAACCAUCCUUCCUGCUUUUGGGACCAAGCUUUGACCACAGGACCAGUCCAGAAAACUGAAAGGAAGAAAGGACGCAUGCCUUGCGAUUUUGGAGAAGGACUGGAGAGAAAAUCUUUCUAAAUGUGUUGUAACUUAUUUAUUUAAUUCUUCACACCUAUCAAAGUGUUUACACAAGGACAGUAUGACAGAGGCUGUGGGUUACAUUUCUCUGCUCAUUGUGGAUCCAGCGCUUCUCUCUGGGUGUGCAAACCAUGACCAUCCAGAAUCAUGAGCCCUGGUGGGUUGUGUUGUUUUUCCCCCUAAUUUUUAUGCAUGCAGGCCAAUCCCUCAGUGCUGAUCCAUCGGAUGAAGGAUUAUUAUUCCUGACUUGCCUUGAAAUUCAGAACCUCUGUCAUUUAUUUUACUGUUUUCCUUAUGUUGUAUCUUCAGAUAAUUUGAAGAUGUACUGUAUGCCACAAUCAAAAUUAGAUUGAUCAACUUGAAAAAACGGACACUAUUCAAACCAGAUUGAAUUACAGGAAGUAUAAAUAUUGGUGGCGAUGUUGCAUUCAGAUCUUUUAUUAUUUAUCUGUCCAUCUGCAGGAUUGGCCUUAUCUUGGAUGACAAUGAGACAAUAUGAGACACACACAGAUCACAAUUUCAAAUCAAACUACUAUGAAUUGACAUUGGAACGAACUAGAGGCAAAUCGUGGAUAAACUACGGUAAAAUCUAUUGCUAAAAUUGGAAGCUCUGUUUCAAAGUAAAGAAGCAAAACCUAAACAAACCCCAGAAUGCAACAACGUGAAACAUGAAUGACACCACCCCUAAAACCUAGAAAUUACUGUGUAUUCUAUUUAAAAUAAUUAGCUAAUCACCCAGUAAUUAGGCCUUCUUAAUACCAGGUGAGAAACCGCAGCAGUGGAAAAGUCUGUUUAGUUCGGAUGUGUCACCGUUUCCGAUGUUUUCAACUGUGAAACUGUGAAGUGACAUAACUUCCGCAAUGUGAUAUAUUUGCUAUAGCUUGAGUUCUUUAUGCUUCUUUCAGUUACAACAGGGAGCAAAUAAAUCAUAGCAAGACAGAAAAUACAGUCAGGUUUAGUUGGCAACUUAAAGUAGGAUAUGUGUUUGGGUUUGGGUUUCUGAGGUUAUCCUCGAACAAAUCCCAGAUAACAUUUUUCUCCAAGAGAAGAUGAACAACAGCACCCCAUUUUGGUCCUUUGUCAGGUGGCUAUGCUAUAAACUGUGAAAAUCUAAAUUGUUUGUUAUUGUUGUCAUCCCUGAGCCAACCAACAUACAGGUAGCAUUCUUCACGUUUAUCUAGCGUGUGUCAUUAUUUUUACUUUUAGCUGCUUUUUAUAUUCAAUAUAAUUCUGCUUGAUGUUUCAUAAUGGAUUCAGGAGCAUAGUUUAAAUCCAAUGAAAGCACAAAACGAUCAGUGAGUGCUGUAAAACACAUGUUAUGUCAGUAACAUUUAUAGAAUAAUUUAUCAGAAGAAUGAAAAUGUGAAAAUGUUUUAAUUAUUUAAAAAAAUCCUCAGUGAUCACUCAUCAAUGUGAUUCUCAUCAAAGUGCAUCUCCAGAACAAACUGUUCUGUGACUAUUCUUUUUGUUUCCAAGAAUCUUUUGCCUGCAAAGAUCACUGUUUACUUGAGAGCCUGGAUUUAAAUAUUCUGCUUUGUUAUUGAGUUUUAAAAUCUUCAUCAUAUUCAAAAAAAUAUAACCUUCACUUACUUUGAAAUGUUUUCUUAGCAUUAUCAAGGAAAUAUUUCCAAAACACAGAAUUCACCUCAAAAGUAGAUGACUGGUCAAUUUAUUAUCAAGCAUCUGAGUGUUACAUAUAAAUCCCACAAACACUAUCAGAGCUAAGCAAAUUAUGUAUUGAAAUGGACCAUUUUCUUUCCUGUCCCUUGGUUUUGGAUUGCAUAUGCAAACUAGUAUUGUUAAAGAAGUCAAAUGUGGAUCUUUUAGAUCAAAAGAAAGCAUAAUAUGUUCCUUAAAACUCGAAGACUUUAUGAAAAAAGCUAACAGUUACACGUACCAACAGCCUCACUGAAGAGCAUCAGAGACAUACAUGCUCUACUGUUUAAUUCCUUACCGUUCACUAUACAGUAAUGUCUCUAAUACUGUUGGCUUUGGCUGUCUCUUCUAGUAACAACUCAAUGCUUUGUAUACUUGCUUUGAGCUUUUGCAUUUAUCUGAUAUGAUGUAUUUGUGCUCUGGAUGGCACUUAAAGGGCGACAAAUUUAAUAGGACAAAAGCCAUUAAAUGCAUUGGAAGACUAUCUAGUCUUUACAGCUACUCUAACAUACACAUAUCCACCCCCAAGCUACAUAUUUUAAUCUGACUUUGAUUUGUCCUCUAGAGCUUCACCAGCCCUCCCCAGAUACAGACCUAAACACAGCCAGCUCUGCUGUCGGCUGCUCUCUGAACUCCUUUGAAUAUCACCGAUUGAGGAGUUUUCUGUCAGUGUGGAUCACAGGAUGAGGCCUAUUAAUUCAGCAGGCCUAGAUUUGGAGCCAUACUCUGUCACUUGACUGUGAAUCAUCCUGGAGGUGACAAGGUUAUUUAUUGAGAGACCUAGUUGUUCCUGUAUGGUGAUUCAUUAACUUUUGUAUUUACACAUCUUAAAAAAGUCUUCUCAGGAUUCUUGUUUGCAAAAAGUUACCAAUCUCAAAUUAAACAAUCCUAAAGAACUGAAACAUUUAACCAGCUUUGUGCUUUCCCACAAACCGGGGCACUUAUUCUGGUUAAAUAAGGCAGGAAGUGCAGAUAUCAGCCAAUAUUCAUGUUCAUGAGGUCAAACCAGCUCACAUAUUAUCUAAACUACCCGUACCACGGUAUUGGUAGUUUGCCUGAAGUUACGAGCUGCACCAGCUUAAAUUAUGAAUUACUCUGUACUCUUAACAAUUCAAAUUGGAUUUUACAAUUGACCUCCUUUAUCUAAAAGUAUUAAAAAAACAUUUUAUUUUGUUAUCAAACAACUAACAUAAUAUGCCAAAAUAGGUGUUUAAACAUGAAUACAAUGAGCAAUGAAAAUGUUUCAUGCUUUUCCCGGGGUCUUAUGGUAUUACAUUUUAAACAGCAUAGGUGCAUGGAUUUGUUAUGCCUCACCAGAUUAGCCCCAAACAAAUAACUCUUCAAACCUGUUUUGAAAGCUAUUUUGUCUUUUUCAUUGAGUAAGACACAGCAAUCGGAUGUCUUAUUUACUUUUAUCACCCCCCCCCCCAAAAAAAACAUUCAUGUUUAAAUGGGAAACCAC